AUGGUAUUUGUGAAGUCUGUUGAUGCAUCAGAUCUAGUCAAAGAUGCUAAAACUUUGUUUAUGCUAUUCUGUGAAGUAAUUGAGUGGAUUGGUUCUAAGAAUAUUGUUCACGUAGUAACUGAUAAUGCAGCCAACUAUGUAGCAUGUGACGGGUUGAUUAAGGAAAAGUAUAAAAGUAUUUAUUGGUCACUUUGUGCUGCUCAUUGCUUGAAUCUUAUAUUGAAAGACUUUUCCAACAUGCCUCAUGUAUCAAACCUCGCAUCAAAGGCAUCAAAGGUGACUAUCUUUGCAUAUAAUCAUACGGUUUUCUUAUCAUGGCUAAAGAAAAGACCAAGUUGGAAAGAAAUUAUGCGUCCUGGUGCCACAAGAUUUGCUACGACAUUUAUUAUAUUGCAUAGCAUAUAUAUGCACAAAAAUGACUUGCAGGCUCUAGUGGUUGAUAAACACUUUGUGGACCAUAGAUUAUUGAAGACUGAAGUAGGAAAAAAUUUUAGUGCAAUCAUUUUAGAUAAUCGGUUUUGGAAUGAUUGUUAUCAAGUUGUGAAGAUUGUAUCUCCUCUCAUCAAAUUAUUGAGAAUUGUGGACUCAGAUGAGAAACCUUCAUUACCUUAUGUUUAUGAAGGAAUGCGAAGGGCAAAAAUGGCAAUUAAGGAGAUGUUUAAGAAGAAUAAGGAACUGUAUAAGCGUUACACAACAAUCAUUCAAACUCGAUGGGAUAGACAUCUGAAGACCAAUCUUCAUGUGGCAUCGUAUUUGUUGAAUCCUGCAAUUACAUAUGGUCCAUACUGUCCUAGCAAGUCAAAAUUGAUGAUGGCUUUGAUUGAUGUUGUGGAGUCUUACUGA